CAAUCAUCCUAUCCUUUCCAUCUCUUUCCCUCCCCCCCUCUCCCCCUCCCCCCUUCUCCAGCUCAUGAUGACUGCCCCGCUCGAUGGGCCCAAUCCUCUCCGGCCCUACUACAUCCCUCCUUCACUCGGUCUCGAUGCCGCCAACGCCUCGUCCCCUCCCGAUGCGUCAUCGGCCACUCAAGUCUUUGGCGGUUCGGCGCGCGAUCUUCUGCCCGACUUGGACUACUCCGAAUACCUCGACAACUCCCCCUCGCUGUCCAGCUGGAUCCGGGAUGCCUUGGACCAAGCUAUCUGGCGCUAUACCGGCGUCUUAACUGCCCAGCCUUUUGACGUCGCCAAAACUAUCCUGCAAGCUUAUGUGGUGCCUGAUUAUGUUGCGGAGGAACAGUGGGCGAGGCAUGAUCGGCGGAGCUCUGGCGUGAGCAGCCAGGGUGAGGGCGAAUCUGGCGACGAAGAGGAAUCCCUCUCCUCCGACGAUGAGAGCAACUAUUUUACAUCUGCAGCUCCCGCCGUGCCACCACCAUGCAAUUCUCGAUCGCGAAAGCCUCAACGCCAUAUUACUGACCGAAGCGGCUAUAUUCCAUCCUCGACGGCGUCUUCCCGAUAUGCCUUGAGCAUCAAGAACCCCUCCUCCCUGAUGGAGGUGCUCUCCCAGCUCUGGACCACCAGCGGACCAACGUCACCCUGGAAAGCAACCAACGCAACCUUCAUCUACUCCCUGCUCCUCCCGACCUUGAAUACAUUCAUCCGCAGUUUGCUAUCCGCAAUUGUGGGCCUUCCAGAGGAGGAUGUCACGUCUUCCAUGACUGCAGACAUUCUGACGUCAACCUCCCCCGUCGCGACGUUGAUCCUGUCGUUCAUCUCCUCAUCGCUGUCGGCGAUGCUCCUCUCGCCCAUUGACACCGCACGCACAUUCCUCAUCCUCACUCCGGCCACUCACGGUCCCCGCUCGCUGCUGCGGGCCCUUCGCCAGAUCCCGACCCCAAACUGCACCAUUCCCUCUCACCUGAUCCCAAUCACCAUCCUCCACUCCAGUCUGCCCAACUUCAUCACCAACACGACACCCCUGGUCUUGAAAACAUACCUCUCCAUUGACCCCGUCUUGAACCCGUCAGCAUGGGGCCUGUUCACCUUCCUAGGCUCAGGUCUGGAGCUUGCAGUCCGCUUUCCUCUGGAGACCGUCCUCCGUCGCGCGCAGAUUGCGACAUUCACAUCCCCCAGUAUUCGGCAACAAUCGAGUGGCUCCGUCCGCUCUGCCUCGUCUUCCACCACGGCCCAGACUAAAGUUCCGGCGGUUGAAACCAUCGUUCCUACCCCCCAGACUUACCGCGGCAUCAUUGGCACAAUGUGGGGAGUGGUUUAUGAAGAGGGACUCGCAGUCGCGCCGGAGGUCGAGCGUGCGCGUGAGCUGUUGAAUAAGCAAGUUGUGCCGCGGAAACGCCAGGGCCAAGGCCUCAAGGGUCUGUAUCGGGGCUGGAGAGUUGGCAUGUGGGGGAUUGCCGGUAUCUGGGGCGCCAGUCUCAUGGGGAGCGCUAGCUUUACCGGGGACGAAGACUCCAUGACUAGUGGAGGUCGUUUCUAGAGUCGAAUACGCCAGUUGCGAUAAACUCGGCUUUGUUACGCGCGACCGCCUUAUUUUCACUCCGUGCUCUCCUCUCACCCUGUUCCAUCUCCUUACCUUUUCUUCCUUCAUCGUUUAAUACCAAUACCAACUAACGCUGCUAUGGGAUGUACUGUAUUUACUCCUUUAUUUUUUUUUCCGGGUUUCACCAUGUCACUUAUCACAUACGGAGCGGGAUGGCAAUGGGGCGUUGGAGCCUGUCAUUAUAAUGUGUAGAUAAUAUCAAUCCACACGGGAUGCUGGUGCAUCUUUUACCUAUGGG